UCCAGGUAUUAAGUCUUAAAAGAGGUACUUGUUUUCAAGAAGUACUACAGACAACAUGGAAAAAGCUGGUAACAGCUCUUGCAAUGAUGGACUUCUACUUAGAAUGGGCCUCAAUGAUAACAAAGCUGGAAUGCAAGGUUUGGAUAAAGAGAAAAUCAAUAAAAUCAUCAUGAAAGCUACCAAGGGUUCUAGAUUUUAUGAAAAUGAACUUAAAAAAGAUCAACAAGUUAACCAACGAAUUGAGAAAAUGAUGCAGCUAAAAGAGAAAAUUACAACACAACAGCUCUUGAAAGCACAGCUGCAGGUGGACAAACUUGUCCUAGAACUGGAAGAGAGCCGUAACCUUAGCAGUACGAUUGUACACAUUGACAUGGAUGCCUUCUAUGCAGCUGUAGAAAUGAGAGACAAUCCAGAGCUGAAGGAAAAGCCUAUAGCAGUGGGAUCAAUGAGUAUGUUGUCCACCUCUAAUUACCACGCUAGGAGAUUUGGUGUACGUGCAGCCAUGCCUGGAUUUAUUGCUAAAAAGCUGUGUCCACACCUAACUAUAGUACCAUUAAACUUUGAAAAAUAUGGCAAAGUGAGUAAAGAGGUUAGAGAAAUACUGACCGAAUACGAUCCCAAUUUUCUGCCUGUGGGCCUAGAUGAAGCCUACCUGAACAUAACAGAGCACUUGGAGGAAAGACUGAACUGGCCUGAAGAUAAAAGAAGAUUCUUUUUUAACACAGAAAGCACUACAGAAAAAGAUAAAGAUGAUAUAAAUACAUCUGUCAAAUUUAAUGAAGAUGGAUACUCUUCUUCACCGGUACUGUUUGAAGACAACACACCUCUGAUGUAUGACCACCCUGAACAAAGGGAUCAAUCAGUGGAAAACUCAGUUGUAUUUGGAACUUCUGCAGAGGAAGCUGUGAAGGAAAUUCGCUUUAGGAUUGAGCAGAAAACUCAACUGACUGCUAGUGCAGGAAUAGCGCCAAAUACAAUGUUAGCAAAAAUGUGCAGUGAUCGUAAUAAACCUAAUGGUCAAUGCAGAAUUACUCCUGAGAGGCAUGCAGUGCUAGACUUCGUAAAAGAUUUGCCCAUUAGAAAGGUGCCAGGUAUAGGAAAAGUAACAGAGAAGAUGUUAAAAGCCCUUGGAAUUGUGACUUGCUCAGAACUUUACCAGCAGAGGGCACUGCUUUCUCUUCUUUUCUCAGAAGCAUCCUGGCGUAAUUUCUUGGAUAUUUCCCUUGGUUUGGGUUCAACACAUUUGGAAAAGGAUGGAGAAAGAAAAAGUAUGAGCACUGAAAGAACAUUCAAUGAAAUAAACACAGCAGAAGACCAGUACAGCUUGUGUCGAGAACUCUGCAGAGACCUCGCUCAAGAGCUACAGAAAGAGCGACUUAAGGGAAAAACUGUUACCUUGAAGCUAAAGAAUGUGAACUUUGAAGUAAAAACAAGAGCUUCAACUGUGCUGUCUUCUGUUUCUACUGAGGAGGAAAUAUUUGCUGUUGCAAAAGACUUGUUAGGAACAGAAAUUGAUAGUGUUGCUCCUCACCCUUUACGGAUAAGACUUAUGGGUGUACGAGUAUCAGGAUUUCUAAGUGAAGAAGAGAAGAAGUACCAACAAAAAAGCAUUACGAGUUUCUUAAAAUCAGGAAAGGAAAUUGGUUUUCUUAGGCUUCAGCAAGGGGAGUCCAACCAAGAAUAUUUCACAAAAAAUUCAGAAACAUCUUCCAGAGGGAGUUUUUUUGAUAAAAAGCGAGCUGCAAGGCAACUAAACAGUGAGAAUCUUUCUCCAAAUGACACUGUAGGUAAGCAGCUCUUUCAUGAUAGGAAAUCAGCAGCAAAUUUUGUGGAAGAAACAAAGAAAGUCACAGACUUACAGAAUUCUAAUGUGUGUAAGAUCUUCACCUGCCCUGUUUGCUUUGAGGACCAAAGCAGCAAUAAUUUGGAAGAGCUUAAUAGGCAUAUUGAUGAGUGCCUCAGUGGGAGUCUUGUUAAAGAUACCAUGGAAAUAGCCAAGAAUGACAGUUCAAGAGAAAAUACUCUUAACUUUCUUCCACAAUUUAAAAAUGAAAAUCUUGAUGAAUAUCAAAAAAAUAAAACAGAUCAAUUAGCAGGAACAUACCAGUCUGCAAGUAUAUCUGACAACUCUACUAGCAAUAGCACAGAAAAAUUCACUCAGAUAAUAUCUGAUAAACCUCACAGAGAAAGACAGCCUAGCAAUCUCAGUGAUAUUGCUAGAAAUGUGUGUAUGAAGCAGUGUCUCUUCCCCAAAAGAAUUUCACAAGCCAAUGAAGACCAUUGUGAAAAGACUGAACAUACAGAAGAAACUAGUUCAUCCUGUUUCUUUGAAGCCAAAGAUGACAGUGUUCUGGUUUGUCCAGUUUGUAAUUCAGAACAGAAAACCACCAGUCUUGUGUCAUUUAACAGACAUGUGGAUAUCUGCUUAAAUAAAGGCCUUAUCCAGGAGCUGACAGAAAAAAAAGAUUUUCCUACUAAGACUUGUAAUAUGGAAAACUCAAAUAGAGUCGGAGGUUUAAGCAGAGGACAGCAAUGCACAAAUCCAUCACAAGGAACAAAAAGGUCUGGACUAAAAACUUCACAGUCGGUAUCAAAAAAGGCCAAGUCGAGCAACUCCAAGCAUACAAUUGAAAUGUUUUUUAAAUGA